UAUCCGGAGGUUUGAAACCAUCCCGCCCUGUGAUUGGCUGUACGAUCUACCGACAGGAACACUCAUUGGAUUUUGAAUAAAAAUGCACCAAUCCGUCCCAGGGAACCGCAAUCAUCAUGUCGGAGAACGAAGUGGCGGCAUUGAAGGCAAGGGUAGCGACUCUAGAAGAUCAGAUUCGCCGCAUGGCAUCGGAUGGCCAUCAAGGCUCGCUGCAUCGACCCAAGGUGACUUCCAUGAGCGGAGAGGUCGUCGACAGCAACCCAUACAGUCGGUUGAUGGCGCUAAAACGCAUGGGAGUGGUGCCAAACUACGAGGACAUCCGCACGUUGUCCGUGCUGGUGGUGGGUCUUGGUGGCAUCGGGUCGGUGGCAGCCGAGAUGCUCACGCGGUGCGGCAUUGGCAAGUUGAUUCUGUACGACUACGACCACGUCGAGCUUGCCAACAUGAACCGCCUCUUCUUCCGGCCGCAUCAAGCAGGCAUGACCAAGACGGCCGCCGCGACCCAGACCCUCAUGGACAUCAAUCCUGACGUAUCCUUUGAGGAAUUCACGAAGGAUAUCACCACUCCAACCAAUUACGAGCAUCUCCUGGACCAGAUCCAGCAUGGCGGUGUCGUCCGCAACACCCCUGUCGACCUUGUCUUGAGCUGCGUCGACAACUUUGCAGCGCGCAUGUCCAUCAACCAAGCAUGCAACGAACUGGGCCAGCCGUGGAUGGAGAGCGGCGUGUCCGAAGAUGCAGUGUCCGGACACAUCCAAACGCUCCUCCCAGGCCGCACCGCAUGCUUCGAGUGCCUUCCGCCGCUCAUUGUGGCCACCGGCAUCAGCGAAUCCACGCUCAAGCGCGAAGGGGUGUGUGCAGCUUCCCUGCCCACUACGAUGGGUGUCGUCGCGGGGCUAUUGGUGCAAAACGCGUUGAAGUACUUGUUGCAGUUUGGUCAGGUGUCGUAUUAUCUGGGAUACAGUGCCAUGACCGACUUCUUUCCCAGAGAUCUCAUGCGGCCAAACCCUGAGUGUGGCAGUCGACACUGUCGCAGACAGCAAACUCAACACCUAAACUGGUCCCCGACAGCAUGGAAUCGCGACGAAGAAGAGGUGACUCAUGAAGACAACGACUGGGGUAUACAAGUAUGCACUCAGCAAGAGAACGAUGUCACUGCUGGUUUCAAGAAUGAAGCAACUCCUGACCACAUUGAGUAUAAGAAGGUACGAGGAGAUGUGCCUGUUGUGGGCAUCACAUUUGCCUAUGACCAGUCUGUACCUUCAGAAGAACGAGAUCUGGUCCAUGUACCAAUCGACUUGUCGCUCGAGGAUUUGAUGGGUCAGCUGCAAGCCCUCCAUUGAGGGGGUUUCUAUCAAGUACUAGUUUGUAUUGCAUGUAUAAACAACCGAUAAUACAUCUUAUUACAACAACAA